AUGCUUGGACUCUGGCAGUCCAGGAAGCCGGUAUUGACCGCUGUGGUCUUGCUGGGCAGUCUCGUCCCAGCUGGGCUGGGCCUACGAGUUACAUCCGGCUCCUCAUGUACGGACAGUUGUAAUAAAUGGGGUGUUUCUACCAACACCACCGCGGACGAGAUCUCGUGUGUAGACACGGCGUUCAACAGCACAGCGAAAGGAGAGGACUUCAAAGACUGUAUUACCUGCGAGUUAGAAAGCACCUAUGAGGAUGCGACCACAGGGGAAACCGAUGUGAACUGGGCACUUUAUAACCUGCGAUUUGCGGUCUCAACCUGCGUUUUCGGAUACCCCGAGAGCAUCUCCAACGUUUCGUCUCCGUGUCCAGUCGCAUGCGGGACAGUCCAAGAUGCCGUGCAGUUCGACAUUGAGGACCCGGUUGUGGGCGAGUUAAGUGCAUGGUGCGACACAACGUCCUUUGCAGACAACGUGAUCAACACCUGCGAGUUCUGCUAUAACCUCACAACCAACCAGAUUUACCUGGCAAACUUCCUCGAGGCCGUCCGAUACAACUGCCACUUCCCCACAACCAGCGGUGAUGAAUUCGCCGUCUCCCCAACAAGAAUCUUCACAGAAUCUCUCCUCCCCUCCAGCCUGUCUCUCACAACCCCGGGCUCGAGCUCCUCCCACGUAAACCUAGGCUUGGUGAUCACAGUCCCCGUUCUCGGGUUCGUGAUUAUCUGUCUUGGCGUCGGAACCUGUUGCUACUUUUUCAUCCGCUACCGCAGAAAGCGCAACAGGCAAAACCGCUACCAAGACCACUUGUUUGCCCGCUACAAUGACACCACCAUCAGCACACCCAAGGUGGGUCAGGGCGAUUGGAGUCAGGAGCAAAUGUACUCUGAUUACCAGGCGUAUGCGCAGAUGCAUGCUGCCGGGUAUGGGCAACACAAUGGGUUCAAUGAGCAAUAUGGUCAGGCCCAUGAGAUGUAUGGCAUCCAGAAGAACAAGCAGGAUGUCCAACAACACGCGGCGGAGAUGAAUUUCCCCGCGCCUCACGAUGGUCCCGAGCUGGCUCCUCAUGCCAUCGGUACAGACCAAAAGCAUCCUAUGUAA